AUUCUUUUCACUCUCUUUCUCUUUCUCUCUAUUGGGUUUAUAUAAUAAUAAUCAUAUAUAUACCAAGAGCGCGAACGUUCAUUCUUCUUAAUUCUCAUCACUCAUCACUCACUCUUUCUUUCUUUGUUUCGUGAAGCAAGAGCGCUUCAAUCAUGGAGGACCCUGAUGUCUUCGAGAUUCCUCCCCCAACUCACUUCACUCCAAGAUUCAAAAAGCAGAAACAGAAACAGAAACAGGCCAUUGUGCAUGAUGUGAUUGACGUUGACAACGAUGAAGACUCUGAUGAUGUAGUGAUUAUUGGUGAAAAAGAAAGUAAAAGUGACAAGGGGAAGGCAAUUGCAUCCGGUUAUGAUGGUUAUGUGGAUCAUCAAAUUGUGGAAAAUGAUAAUAUCAUGGGUAUUGCUUCAGAUAGUUUUAUGGAUGUAGAUGAGUAUGCUUUAUUAUUACAGGCACAAUUUGAUAAUGAGGAUAUGCCUCCUGGAAUUGAGGCGCCUUUUAAUUGGUUGAAUAAGACUGGAAAUAGUACAGUUGUUAGUUCUAAUUUGCAAAUCAAAAUGGACAAUGUUGGUCGCUAUUCUGGAACAGAGUUGUCUCCUCAAUUAUUUUCUCAAGCUGCCCCUAAUAAGAAGAAAUCAGCUACAUCACAGCGAAGUGGACGUGACUUGAAUCUUUCAUUAGGAAAAGAGUCAUUCAAGUCUUACUGGCCAUCCAAGUUUAGUGCUUCAGAAAACCAUGGUUCGGUUGACAACCCAGAUGCCAUGAAGCUGCCACAGGCUGCCAGAGAUGGAAAUAAGAGAAAAGCUUUGGAUCACCCCGUUUUGGCAAAAUCUGAUGAUGACAGCAACGAGAUUCUGAGGAAAUUUCCAAGUUUCAAGCAAUUUGACACUGUUGAAGAUGCUGCAGACCAUCACUUUUUUCAACGUAAUUCUUCUUUGAAGCAGAAUCCAAAGAAGUGGGCUAAAAAAAUCCAGGAUGAUUGGAAGAUUUUAGAGAAGGAUUUGCCCGAUUCAAUAUUUGUCAGAGUUUAUGAGUCAAGGAUGGAUCUCUUGAGGGCUGUGAUUAUUGGAGCAGAAGGGACUCCUUACCAUGAUGGCCUUUUCUUUUUUGAUGUUCACUUUCCUAGUAGCUAUCCUAGUAAACCACCGGAUGUCCACUACCACUCUGGAGGUCUUCGGCUCAACCCAAAUUUAUAUGCUUGUGGAAAAGUAUGCCUUAGUCUACUUAACACCUGGUCUGGAAGCCAGAAAGAGAAGUGGCUCCCAGGUGUUUCUACAAUGCUACAAGUUCUAGUCUCUAUACAAGGUCUCAUCUUGAAUACAAACCCUUUUUUUAAUGAGCCUGGGUGGGAACGUUUGAGAGGUACAGCAAAUGGUCAAAAGCAGUCCCUGAAGUAUAAUGAGGAGACAUUCAUUCUAUCAUUGAGGACAAUGAUGUAUACGAUAAAUAGGCCUCCAAAGUAUUUUGAGGACUUUGUUGUGGGGCACUUCCGCAGCCGAGGUCAUGAUAUUCUGAUGGCGUGUAAAACAUACAUGGAAGGUGUUCAAGUUGGAUGUGUGGUCAAAGGUGGGGUUCAGGAUGUUGAUGAGGGUAACGGAAGCUGCUCACAGGGAUUUAAGAUGUCUUUAGCUGGAUAUGUGCAGAAGCUUGUCCAGGAUUUUGCAAAAUGUGGAGCUAAGGACUGUGAGAAAUUCCUAUUUUUGACUGACAAGGCUAAAAAGGUUGAUUCCCCUGAUCAUUUUGUUCUGGUGUAUUUUUUGGUUAUCUUGUUUUCCAUGAACAAUAACGCCCCGCGCGAACGUUCAUUCUCCUCAUCAGUCAUCACUGAUCACUCACUCUUUCUCUCUUGUGCAACAACUCCUUCAUUCAUGGAGGACCCUAACGUCUUCAAGAUUCCUCCCCCACUUCACCCCACUUCAACAUUCCAAAUGCAGAACCAGGCCAUUGUGCAUGAUGUGAUUGACAUUGACAACGAUGAAAACUCCAACGAUGUAGUGAUCGUUGGGGAAAAAGAAAGUAAACGUAACAAGGGGAAGGCAAUUGCAGAAGCUUAUAAUGGUUAUGGAGAUCAUCAAGUAGUGGAAGUGUCUGAUUAUACUUUUUGUCAGUCUGGCGUGGAAAAAAUUGGACCAGUUAGUGGUAUUGAGUUUUCUAAUGGUCAUCCUUUGGUAUCACAUAAUUUAAUCUGUGCUGAUGGCCAUGGUUGUGAUCUAAAAUGUGAAGAUGAUAAUAUCGGUGAUAUUGUUUCGGAAAAUGUUGUGGAUGUAGAUAACUAUGAUUUAUUAGAGGCACACUUUUACAAUGUGAAUAUACCUCCCGGGAUUGAGGCACCUUUGCAGGAAUAUGACCGAGAUUUGAAGCAGACUCGAAAUAGUCAUGUCAUGGACUCCUCUCAGCCUUCUAGGUCAUUAGAGCCUACUAACUCUAAAACGGACAAUGUUGGUCACUCUUCUGGAACAGAGUUUGCUCCUCAAUUAUUUUCUCAAGCUGCCCCGAGUAAGAAGAAAUCAGCUACAUCACAGCAAAGUGGAGAUGACUUGAAUCUUUCAUUAGGAAAAGAGUCAUCUAAGUCUAAGUGGUCUUUUAAAUCUUUCCACAGUAAAAUGAUGUCUUUCAUUUCUUGUGCUUCAAAAAACCAUGGUUUGGUUGACAAGCCAGAGGCCAUGAAGUUGCCUAAUGGUGCUAAGAAGUUAGCUGGCGGUAGCAGUUCAUCCCAUUCAAAUUUCAUUGGACAUGAUGGAUCAUUGCAUCCUCCAGCUAAAGAUGGAAAUAAUGGAAUAGCUGUGGAUGAAGUUGGAGAUGAGAUUCUGAGCAAAUUCCGAAAUUUCAAGCAAUUUGACAUAGUUGAAGAUGCUUCGGACCAUUACUUUUUUAGUAAUAAUUCUUCUGUGAAGCAGAAUCCACAUACGUGGGCUAAAAAAAUCCAGGAUGAUUGGAAGAUUUUAGAGAAGGAUUUGCCAGAUUCAAUAUUUGUCAGAGUUUAUGAAUCAAGGAUGGAUCUCUUGAGGGCUGUGAUUAUUGGAGCAGAAGGGACUCCUUACCAUGAUGGCCUUUUCUUUUUUGAUGUUCACUUUCCUAGUAGCUAUCCUAGUAAACCACCGGAUGUCCACUACCACGCUGGAGGUCUUCGGCUCAACCCAAAUUUAUAUGCUUGUGGCAAAGUAUGCCUUAGUCUACUUAACACCUGGUCUGGCAGCAAGAAAGAGAAGUGGCUUCCAGGUGUUUCUACAAUGCUACAAGUUCUAGUCUCUAUACAAGGUCUUAUCUUGAAUACAAAGCCAUACUUUAAUGAGCCUGGAUAUGAAAGUUCGAAAGGUACACCAGAUGGUGAAAAGAAGUCCCUGAAGUACAAUGAGCAAACAUUCAUUCUAUCAUUGAAGACAAUGAUGUAUAAGAUAAAACAGCCUCCAAAGAAUUUUGAGGACUUUGUUUUGGGGCAUUUCCGCAGCCGAGGCCAUGAUAUUCUGAUGGCAUGUAAAGCAUACAUGGAAGGUGUUCAAAUUGGAGGUGUAGUCAAAGGUGGGGUUCAGGAUGUUCAUGAGGUUAAGGGAAGCUGCUCAAAGAAAUUUAAGAAGUCUUUACCUGGACAUGUGAAUAACCUCGUCAAAGAUCUUGCAAAAAUUGGAGCUAAGGACUGUGAGAAUUUCAUAUUGAUCAAGGCUAAAAAGUAAAACCUCAACAUUCUUUUGAAAAAAGCAAUUUGAGACUUGAUAACCGUAUCUAAGGUACCCCAUAUCUAGUUAUACACGCAGGUUUCUAUUUUAUGUCUAACAGUUAAACUUUCCUUAUGAAGUAUUUUAUUUUCAUGAUCAUGGAACAAUGCCACCCUGAUCAUUUUGUAUAGACCAUUAUACCUGCAAAAGGUUUUAAUACAUUAUUAGGUUGACAUAAGAUUCCACCCUGA